AUGGUCGGACGCCUUCAAGACAAAGUCGCCAUUAUAACAGGCUCCUCCUCCGGCCUCGGCCGCGCCAUUGCCUUCGCCUACAUCCGCGAGGGCGCCCGCGUCGUCUGUGCCGAUCUCUCACCCGCUGCGCGCGCUGACUUCAAGCCCAGAGCGGAUGGCAGCGGUGUCCGGGCCGACAUUCUGGCCGAGAGGGAGGUGCCUACGCACGAAGCUUUGAAUCGCUUCGUCGGGGCAGGCAAAGGCGGACAGGUGAACGGCGAUGCCGCUGGGCAGGGUGGGGAGAAAGGAGAGAGGGCGAUGUUCGUGAAGAUUGAUGUCACCAAGGCAGAGGAGUGGGACGUGUUGGUAAAGGAGGUUGUGGGAAGGUGGGGACGGAUUGACAUCCUGAUAAACAACGCCGGCAUAUCCUGGGAAUCCCGCCACAGCCCCAUGAAACUGCACGACCUCCCGGAGGAAGCCUUCGACCAGACCAUCGCCGUCAACCUCAAGUCCGUCUGGCUCGGCUGUCGCGCUGUUGUGGGCCAGAUGCUGAAACAGGAGUGCCACCAGCCGGGGAACCAUCUUGGGUGGAUCAUUAAUGUCAGCUCGAUUUUUGGGCUGGUGGGAAGUCGCAUGGCUCCGAGCUAUGCGGCGUCAAAAGGCGCGGUGGCAAAUUUGACGAGGAGUCUGGCGCUGGAUUAUGCGGCGGACAGGAUUCAUGUGAAUGCUCUGAAUCCAGGCUUCGUCCGAACAGGCAUCUUCGCAGACACGACCAACAAUCUUGGCCCGGAAGCCGCGAUCGACGCAUUGCACCCCUUCGGAGGCGCGGGCGUGCCAGAGGAUCUUGCUGGGCCAGCGGUGUUCUUGGCAAGCGCAGAUGCGCAGUGGGUGACCGGAGUGAAUCUGAGUGUUGACGGGGGUUAUGUUGCUCAGUAG